GCCGCGGCGGGGCCGGCACCUCCGCAAGGGCCGCACCAUGGGCAGCCAGGGCUCCAAGGCGGCGGGCGGCGACCCCGACACCGCCAAGGCCAACGGGCAGGAGAACGGCCAUGUCAUCUACAACGGGGACAUGACGCCCAAGGUGGGGGUCGAGGUGGCCCCACAGAACGGGAACGGCUCGGCGGAACCCCCCAAGGAGGAGAGCGAGGGCGAAGCGGGCGGUGCGGACACCAUCGAGCCCGCCCCGGCCGCCGCCGACGGCGGCGACCCCAAAACCGAAGGGGCCGCCGCCCCCAAGGACGCCCCCAAGAAGAAGAAGAAGUUCUCCUUCAAGAAAUCCUUCAAGCUGAGCGGGAUCUCCUUUCGCAAGAACAAGAAGGAAGCCGGGGACUCCUCCGGCUCCUCGCCCACGGAGGAACAGGGCAAGAGCGAGGAGACCCCGCCGGGGGGGCUGCAGCCCUCGGCUCCCCCCGAGGAGGAGCAGAGCGGCCCCGGGGAGGGCGGCGAGGGGCCCGAGCCCAAGGAUGGAGGAGAAGCCGCGGGGAGCCAGGAGGAGGAGAAUCAGCAGCAGCAGGGAGGGGAGAGCCAAGGAGACACAGCCAAACCCGAGGAGCCCUCGAAAACCGCGGGGCCGGAGCCCACAACGAGCCCGGCGGAGCAGAAGGAAGAGUAGAGGCCGCUCGGGCAUCGUCCUCACCGGGGACUCUCACACCGCCCCCCGACCCUCCCCGCCCCAGCCCGGAUCGCCACGGACUCGCCCGCACCGCCCCGGCCCCCCUAGGACUGACAGCACCUCCCGCACACCCCGCCCUGCAGGGAUUGCGCUCCCCGUUCCCGGUAGAAAUCAAAAAAAAAAAAAGCUGGUUUGGAUUCCCACCGCCGCCGCCACUUGGAGUAGUUUGAGCUGAAUUCCUUGGAGAAAAUAAACAAACAAACAAAAGAAAGCUGGCGAGGAAGAUUUGUCCCGGACACCACUGGAGUUUACAGUUUGUAAGAACCCGGAUCCCAAAUCCCACUCUGGAUCUCUCCAGACUGUCCCCCUCUCCUCCCGCUCCCACUGACUGUUCAAUGGAAUUUUUAUUUUAUUUUGUGUUUUUUCGGUUGUUUUUUUUUUUUUUCCUUUAUUUCUCAGUUUACAUUCCUGGUUCUGACUUUUCAUUUCAAGUAUUUCGUGCUUUUUUAUAUAGAAAUCGAUGGUUUAAAAAAGCUAAUCUGGUUAGUUUUUUAUAAUGUCUUCUAUUGGCUUAAAACUAUAAAGCUUGUAA